AGAUAACUAUCUGGUUUUUCCUGGAUUUUUGCAAUUAGUGUCCUGGGGAGUGUGGGAGCGCCUCAAAGUAGCUGUGAUGUUUGUGUUUCUCUUGACAUUUGUGAUGGUCUUAUGUCCCUUCGGGUGUGGCGUGGUCUUGCCGCCUCCGUGUGACAGUGAGAUCUUCUGUCACGGCGAUCUCCUGAGAACCAUACAGACUGCCAAGUUGUUUGAUGAUGACAAGCACUUUGUGGAUAUGAAACUGAAGUCAAACCCUGACAUUGUCCUGUCAUCCUUUAACAACCUGACACAUGGGGCUCCAAACAUGACCGUCCCGCCAUCCAGACUGAGAGAGUUUCUCUCUGCGCACUUCGAAGAACCCGGAAAGGAGUUUCUUUCGUGGUCCCCCCCCGACUGGCACGAUAAGCCCCAGUUCUUGGAUGGAAUAGCGGACGCUGACCUGCGCAGCUGGGCUGAGAAGCUGCAUCAUCUCUGGAAGUCUCUGGGCCGAAAGAUCAGUGAGGAUGUUUCGGCCCAUCCAGAGCAGUACUCCCUGAUCUUCACCCCCCACCCAGUCAUUGUGCCUGGAGGACGCUUCAGGGAACUCUACUACUGGGACUCCUACUGGGUGAUCAAUGGCCUCCUGCUAUCGGAGAUGACAGACACCGCCCGUGGGAUGAUACAGAACUUCCUCUACCUGGUCAACAGAUAUGGUUUCAUCCCAAACGGGGGCAGAGUUUACUAUGAGCGUCGCAGCCAGCCCCCCUUCUUGUCCCUGAUGGUGGAGAGCUACUAUCAGACCACCAAAGACAGAGAGUUUGUAAGGACUGCUCUGCCAGCCCUAGAGAAGGAGUACCUGUUCUGGAUGCAGAACCGAUCUGUGAUGGUUGAGGUGGAUGGUAGGAAACAUGUUCUGAACCACUAUGAUGUACAGGUGGGCCAGCCCAGACCGGAGUCCUUCACAGAUGAUCUUGAACUGGCUGAAGGUCUGACAGAGGAUGCUGCAGAGAGGCUUUGGACUGAGCUGAAGGCCGGGGCAGAGUCUGGAUGGGACUUUUCGUCUCGCUGGUUUGUGGACGGCCAGGGUCAGAACAGUGGUUCUCUCAGAGACACCAGAACCAGUCAGCUCCUCCCGACAGACCUCAAUGCUCUGCUCUGUCGCAAUGAGAGGACACUGGCCCACUUCUACCGGACACUGGGUGAUGAGACGGCGGCAGCCCGGUUUGACAAGGCUCUCUCAGCCAGGCUGGAGGCAGUAGAGGCUGUCCUGUGGAACGAGGAGCGGGGGGUCUGGUUGGACUACAGCCUGGUAACCAACACCUCCCGCCCUGCCUUCUACCCUUCUAACCUGGCCCCUCUCUGGGCUGUCUGCUACUCCCAGGACUCCAUGGGACAGAAAGCACUACACUAUCUGCAGGCAAGCGGCGGUGUAGGGUUUGCCAACGGUGUCCCGACCUCCCUGGUGGGCAGCGGACAGCAGUGGGACUACCCCAACGCAUGGCCCCCUCUUCAACACAUGCUGAUCCAAGGCCUGUCCAGUCUGCCCUCGGAUGAAGCUAAGAAGCUGGGGUUUGAUCUGGCUCAGAGUUGGAUCAGAACCAACUGGCUGGCGUAUAUCAAGUAUGAUGCCAUGUUUGAAAAGUAUGAUGUGAAUGGAGAUGGCAAGCCUGGAGGAGGAGGAGAAUAUGAAGUCCAGUUGGGUUUUGGCUGGACCAAUGGCGUGGCCCUCCAGCUCCUGGCCCAGUACGGUGACCGGCUGACCUCCAACAGCAUUCCGGAUGGCAGCCUAGUGAGUUUCAGCCUCAACAUGGCCGUGGCUCUGCUCAAUGUGGUCCUGUAUCUGUUCCUGUGAAAUACAACAGACCAACGGUUGCCUCUAGAACCUGAACUGGGUAUAGUACAGUAUAGCACACCACUAUAGACCGGGACCUCUAGAACACCACUAUGGCCCGGGACCUCUAGAACACCACUAUGGACCGGGACCUCUAGAACACCACUAUAGAUCUGGACCUCUAGAACACCACUAUGGACUGGGACCUCUAGAACACCACUAUGGACCGGGACCUCUAGAACACCACUAUAGAUCUGGACCUCUAGAACACCACUAUAGAUCUGGACCUCUAGAACACCACUAUAGAUCUGGACCUCUAGAACACCACUAUGGACCGGGACCUCUAGAACACCACUAUGGACCGGGACCUCUAGAACACCACUAUAGAUCUGGACCUCUAGAACACCACUAUGGACUGGGACCUCAAGAACACCACUAUGGACCGGGACCUCUAGAACACCACUAUGGACCGGGACCUCUAGAACACCACUAUGGACCAGGACCUCAAGAACACCACUAUAGACUGGGACCUCCAGUACACCACUAUAGACUGGGACAUCCAGUACACCACUACAGACCUGGACCUCUAAACACCACUUCAGACUGGGACCUGGUUUUUGACACUUAGAGGUAAAUUGGAUCCUAUACCUUUUCAAUGCCAUAUUGGGGGAACAUGAUCAUCAGACCAGAUGAAUGAUGCAUUUUCAGUGUCGAUCAAAUGUCAAAGAGUCGUUCAUAACUUGAGCUGAGCGAGUAUGGAUAUUAACUACAUCUGUAGUUUUCAAAUUGUUCUGUUUUUCCCCCGGGCUGGCUCAAUGUAAAAUGCACAUCCAUUAGAUGUUUGAGUCGGUUUCAUUAUUUACUAGAGUAAUUGUUUCAUGCCAAUGUUUAAAACCAAGACAUGAAUCAAAUAAAAUGGCAAUCCUUUUCACAUGUUCA